AUGGAAAGAAAGCCUUCUGAUACUCCUCCUUCUGAGAACCCGAUUAUUAAACGAGAAAGAGAGAUUAAAGAGGAAAUUUUAAGGCAUUUUAGUUUAGAAGAAAGUGAAAUUGAAACUCUUCUUCCCCAAAUAUCUUAUGUAGGAGAUAGCUAUCCUGACCUUUUUAAACCAGAAACUAGUCUAGAAGAAAAACUUGCUAUCAGCACUCAAAUAAUUAAAAAUCACAAAGUAAGAUCUUUUACUAAUAUUCCUACUUCCGUCGCUGAAUUUUCUCAAAAAGUUCGACAAAUAUUUAAAGAAAAAGAAACUUUCUUAAUUUUAAGUCUUUGUCCGCACAAAUCCGAUGGUAUUGUUGAUAAAUUAUCAAAAGAGCCAAAUUAUCAAUUCAACUACUUCGCUUUUGAAAUUCCUUCAAGCUUAACAGGAGUUGGAGAAAAAGUUGCUUUUGCUAUAUUAGAUACUGAUUGA